UCCUCGCCGCAUCCGGCAGCCGCCAACAUUCCGCCUCCGUUGAAUAUUCCUCAACCGCCUCAACCGUCCCAAUUGUCGUCCCACCAUCAGCAACAAACCUCCAUCCUGCAGGCGAGCCAGCAAGCGUUGCAAGCCGGCCAGACCGUCGCCCCUCCGCCCCCGCCUCCACCGCAGCAGCAGCUCCCACCCGGCCAGCAAAUGCAACAGCAACAACAACAAGCGUCCAUCCAACAGCAGCAGCAACAACAGCAGCAGCAACAGUUGGCGGCCGCCCACCAAUUGUCAGUGCAGCACACGUUAUCCGCGCAGAUAGGCCAGCCGUCUCAGGCCCACGUGGUGCAACAAGCCGCCGGAUUGCAGCAGCAACAGCAACAGCAACAGCAGCAACAGCAGCAGCAGCAGGCGCAAGCGACGGGGCUGCAGAGCAUAGCGAGCCAACACCCGGCCCUGCAGGGCCUGGCCAACCAGAUAUCGCAGCAGGCGGGCGGCCUCUCGCAGCCAGGCCACCCAGGCCAAGGCGUGCAGGCGCACUUGCAGCCGUAUCAGAGCGUGUCGCUGCACGCGAAGAUGCCGCAGUUCAAGGUUAAGCCGACCGCCGCCCUGAUGCCCGACCAGGACAAGAGCAAGGAUCCGCGCGCCGCGUCCAAGGCGCAGGGGUACAAGAAGAAGUCGAGGAAGUCGCCGGGCGGCAGCCCGCACCCGUCGCCGCUCGAGGCGCCGAUCGUGGACGCGACGCGGGACGACGUGCAGAGCCCCGCCUACUCGGACAUCUCGGACGACGCGGCGCCGGUGCUCGAGGCGGAGGCCGCGGACAAGUCGAAGCAGGGCCAGCAGGACAAGGACGGGAAGGUGGCCGCGAGCGCCCACCUCCCCUCCCACUUCAACAUGUACCCGUACUACGGCCAGCCCCCCUACCUGGUCCCGAGCGUGGCCGAGAGCAAGCCGAUCGACCAGAAGCCGAGCGAGCUGGUCGCGCCGAAGCAGGAGAUGAAGCCGCUCAACAUACCGCAGAUGCCGACGCUGGCCAGCCUGCAGAGCGUGGUCGCCGAGAAGGAGAAGAAGGAGCUGAGCCAGUCGGUCCCCCAGCCGCAACAGCAGCCCCACUACUACGGGGGUUACGGGGGUUACAUGCCGCCCGGCUACCCGUACCAACCGCCGCAACCCGUCUCGCAACAGCAGCAGCAGCAGCAGCAGCAACAGCAACAGCAGCAGCAACAGCAGCAGCAGCAGCAGGAGCAGGAGAUGCACGAGCAGAAGGCGAAGAUAAAGCAGGAGCCGCAGUCGCAGCAACCGCAGCAGCAGCAACAGGCAAGCCUGAAGGAGAAGCAGCACGAGAAUCAUCAGAUAUUGAAGGAGAGUAUAGAGAUGAAGAGCCAGAUGAGCCCGUACCACGUGUAUCACAGCGGCCAGAGUCAGAGGUCGGCGCCGCCGCCGCCGCCUCCUGGCCCGUUGCAGGACGACCGGAGGUAUUACCUGUACCCGGGUGACCAGAGGCGAAAGGAGGAGGUGAGCAAGCAGAGCCAACAGGCGAAGCCGCCGCCCCCGAGUCCGAAGCAUCAACCGAAGCAGGAGAAGCUUCAAGACUUGGGAAAGAACGAGGACGCGAAGAGCAAGCAGGAGGGCGUGAAGCCGACGAUGGAAACGCAGGGACCACCGCCGCCCCCCACCUCGCAGUACGCGUACAUCCAUCCGGGCUACAUGCAGCCGCAACACUACGGCGCGUUGCCGUUCGAUCCGGGUCACCCGGUGUAUCGAGGCCUCAGCCCAAUGCUGGUCCCAGGCCCUUAUUCCGGUAACCCGUAUCUACACCAAUUGCCGAGGUAUCACGCGCCCGAGGAUCUGAGCAGACCGCCCGCGGGCAAAGCUCUCGACCUGCUCCAGCACCAUGCCAAUCAGUAUUAUUCGGCGCACAAGAUACACGAGCUUCAGGAGCGUGCGCUCAAAUCGCCCACCCCGAAAACGUCCGCGGCCUCGGCCAGCCCAUCGUCCGCUGGUCCGACACCGUCACGCCCCCCGAGCGGACCGCCCAGUUCCGUGGCCGGCCCCGGCCCGCCCCAAUCCCAGAGUCAACAAUCCCAGGCGAAGCAGCAAGUUCAGUCGGGAGGACAGCAAUCGCAACAGCAGCAACCGACGCCCGUCGACGCCGGCACCGGGACCUUGACCAAGGAUAACAGAUCACCCCCGCCCCAACGACACGUGCACACGCAUCAUCACACCCACGUUGGCCUAGGUUAUCCGUUAUUGACCGGACAAUAUCCCGCCCCGUACGGAGCGGCGAUGCUAGCGAGUCAGCAGGCCGCCGCGGUAGCCGCAUCGGUGAUCUCGCCAUUCCCGCCCAAGUGACCCGCGGCCCCCGGUCCCGUACUUGCUGCCGGAACAACCGGACCCACCUCUGCACAAACUCAUCACACGUCUCAUCAUCCACCGCCGGUUACCGCCGCGACCGCCGCGGGACAUCCGCAUUCUGCCGCCACAGGCAGGCAAACUUAGGAUCGUCUCGUCCAAUACCAACUUCAGUCUGCCACCUCUUGCUCGUUCGCGCGACUCGCAUCUGUAUCGGCUCGCCGCCACGUCAACAACAACAGCGAGUUUCGCUUCCAUUAGCAGCAGCAGCAGCAACAGCGACAACAGCGACAACACAGCGUAGCGAUGAAACUUUACACUACUACCAACCUCCAGACUUGCUAUAUCCCUAUAUCGUCAUCGUUAUUAUACAUUGCUAUUAUAUCUACCAUCUUCGUCGAGACCUCGUUCAAUACGUAACACUCCUCCUUGUCUUCUUUCUACGUGACAAGAGCCGUGCACGCCUUCCGAUCUUAUUUUUUUUUUUUUUUUUUUUUUUUUUUUUGCGAAAAUUAUCGAAUCGUUCCACCAUCGGAUAUUUUACGCACAAUUCGCGAUUGACCGAGAAAAAUUUCUUUUUUUUCGGGUCAAAAAAAUUCGAAAUAAAAAUUUGCUUGUCACGUGUCUUCGUUCUUCCAUUCGAGACGAAAUCUCUUUCGAUCCGAAGAUGACGAUAACUCGGAUGCAACUGGAAAAGUACUCGAGCGAGAAACGUGUAACGGAGAGGAGAAAAUUUGAAAAAAAAAAAAAAGAAAAAACUUGGAAUCGACGACAAAUUAGCUAUUACUGUUAAAGAUGGAAGAAACGGCUCGCGAUUGGAAGGCGCGGCGAAAUUGGGGAUUGGGGGAAAGGAAACGAGGGGAAGAGAGAGAGCGAGAGAGAGAGUGUAUGAGGAGUGAGAGAGAGCGGGAGAGAAAAAGAGACGCGAGGGAAGAGCAUUGCGAUGAUAUCUCGUUGCGUUAGACUGACUGGGCCGAAGAUGGCCUUAAAAUAAUUACUUGAUAUAAUCCUAAUACGUGGAGAAAGAUGAGAGAUUGAGAGAGAGAGAGAAGCUGUUAAUUAAUUUGCCCGAUUUUUCUCCGAUUCGUGAGAGAGAGAGAAUGUAAUGCCUCGACUCGUGUUGUUGCGGCAUGCAACAAUUUUUAUUGCACUUACAAUUUAGUAGACGAGAUUUAGAGAUGCGAGAAUGGAAGCGAGAAUGAAAGAGAAGAAAAUUCCUGCGCGUGAUUAUACGCGACUAUUUGCGUCGCAUAUUUUCAGUAACUUGUUGUGUAAUAACGCGUAUUAUAUACGGAUAAUCAAUCGCGAACUUUGUCUAUAACAAUGAAAUUAUAGAUCGUUGUAUUUUAUUGUAUAAAAAAGAAGAAGAAGAAGAACAAGAAGAAAGAGAAGAAGAAGAUUGCUAAAUCACAGACUCGACAUUUUUCUAGCGAAAUUACGUGACUCGCGAACGACACGUUUUUUUAGACACGAUUUGAUUAUAUAUAUAUAUAUAUAUAUAUAUAUACCCCUCCCUAUGCCGAUAUAUCAACACGUGAACGUCGUCGUCGGUUACGAUGUCGGUUAAAUACGAACGAGAUACACACGAGAUGUCGGAUAGAGGAGUUGUAAGCGUAAGGAAAGGAAAAAAAAAAAAGGGAAAAAAGAAAAAAAAUAAUAAAAAAACGAAAAAUCACGAUAAUUCUAAAUAAACGAUAACGUGACGAUAAGUGAUUGUACAUUGAGUACACUAGAAUGCUAUUUGUUUACUAAGAUUAAUUGUAGUUAGCGUUGCGCGAUUACAACCGAGCGGAAGCGAGCGAGAGAGAGAAAGAGGACGCGUGCAAGUGUACGUACGUAAAUUCGUGUGGGUACGGAUACGAGUGUAUAUGUGAAAAGGGAUACGAGCGAGCGAGCGAGAGAGAGAGCGAGAGAGAGCGAGCGAGCGAAAGAGAGAGAGAGAGAGAGAGAGAGAGCGAUGAUCAAGAUGGAUAAGACUAAUUGACGAGGAAGGGAGAAAGUUAUUAGGUAUAUUAUACGUAUACACAUACAUAUGCGCCACAGUGAUACAUACGCGCCCAUAGUAUCAUCCUGUUGGCUAUCUAAAGUUAGUUCAGUGACGAUUAUCAUUGUACCUUUUAUUACGAUUAUUCAUCAAUAAUUAUUGGUUCUAUUAUUUUAUUAUUGUAUCGUCGGUAAAAAGGAAAAAAAAAAAAAGAAAAAAAAAGAUAAAAGCGUUGUAUUAUAAUACGAACGAUUGGUAAAACAUGGUUGCCAAGAAUCCAAGAGAAAUAGUUUUAUCGUAUGCCGUACGUAGUGUUGCAAAUGCCAAAUAAAAGAACAGAGAACAAGGCGUGUUUUUUUAAUUCGGACGUGGAUACGAAAACGGCGAUAUCUAUCUGUUUAACUGAAACGAGCGGAACGGGGGGGAGGGGAGAGGGAUGGGAGGAGGGAGAGAAAGAGAGGGAGAGAAAGAGAACUAAGAAAGAAUGAGUGAGUGGAAGGGAGAGGAAGGGAGGAAAAGGGAGAGAACGAAGGCGGAGGAACGGCGCGGGCAAAAUCGUCUCAGUUUUAAUGAGACGUGUUUCGAAGGAGAAUCGGGCGGGCUUUAAAGUAAAGAGAGAAAAAAAAUGCUGGUGCUGUGCUGUGAUUUUUAUAAAACGUAAAAUGAAAAAAAAUCAGAGGAGCGACACGCGAAUCGUGAUAAGAAGAAAAUCGAAGAUCUUGACGAAUUUUUAUGAAAAUAUACAGAUAGCCUAAGUACCUGGACCUGCCCUGCGCUCUCCACAAAACUUAAAUUCGAGUAGAAGAUAUUAAACGAGAGAGAAAUUAAAUGAAAAAAAAAAAGUGAAUAAAAACAAAACAAAAAAAAAAAAAAAUAAGUGAACAAAAGGGAUGAAAAACAAUGGAUUGUAUGGAUUGUGUAUAGGCUGUAAAGUGUAUUUGCUUUUAAACAAAAAUUUAAUAUAGAUUGUUAAUUGCUAA